GACAUUUUGCUUGUGGCUAGAGCAAUGGCUCCAUUUUAGGAGACUCGAUCGGACCCUGAGCUUUACACACCGCGCGGACGGUAAUCCAAUUCCCAUCCAAUUCCUGUUCUUUCACUAACCCUACCUUCUCCUCCAUCGUCAUCACGGUUCCUCGGAUCUUUGGAAGGGGAACCCCCCAAUGUUAUAGCCUGUUGGGGGACGGAUCGAACUGAAGAUGGUGAAGCUUACAAUGAUUGCUCGUGUUACUGAUGGUCUUCCUCUAGCAGAGGGACUGGAUGAUGGCCGUGAUAUGCAAGAUGCAGAAUUCUACAAGCAGCAAGUGAAGGCUCUGUUUAAGAACUUAUCAAGAGGUCAAAAUGAGGCCUCAAGAAUGUCUAUCGAGACAGGCCCAUAUGUUUUUCACUAUAUAAUUGAAGGAAGGGUCUGUUAUUUGACUAUGUGUGAUCGCGCGUAUCCAAAGAAACUUGCCUUUCAAUACCUUGAAGACCUGAAGAAUGAAUUUGAACGUGUUAAUGGGGCUCAAAUUGAAACCGCUGCUAGGCCUUAUGCGUUCAUUAAAUUUGAUACUUACAUACAGAAGACCAAGAAACUGUACCAGGAUACACGGACUCAACGUAAUAUUGCAAAGUUGAAUGAUGAACUUUAUGAAGUCCACCAAAUAAUGACUCGCAAUGUUCAGGAAGUUCUUGGCGUUGGUGAAAAGUUAGACCAGGUCAGUCAAAUGUCAAGUAGGUUGACAUCUGAAUCCCGCAUAUAUGCGGACAAGGCCAGAGAUUUAAACCGACAGGCUUUAAUUCGGAAGUGGGCUCCCGUUGCUAUCGUGUUCGGAGUCGUAUUCCUCCUAUUCUGGUUCAAAUCAAAGCUCUGGUGAUUUGGUUGCCGUUCCACAUAAAUCCUUGACUCAUUUUCAGGCUUCUCUUGCUUUUUACCUUUGGCUUAUAAUCGGCUCAGACAUCAGAGACGUGAAACUGGGCUAGAGGUGACUUCUAGAUUUACUUAAUGGCUAAGAUGGUAACUGAAAAAUAGUGUUUUUGGUUAUAUAGCUCCAAGUGGGGGCGGUGCUGCCUGUACAACUGUAAGAGCGAUGUUAAACCUAGUAAUCCAGAUUGAGUAGAGAAAAACAUGUUUAUUCACAUUUUAGUUACCUCCUCCCAAUAUACUACAUUUUUUGUUCUUUAUACAUUAAAAAAUACCGUUAUAUUUAUUUUAUUAGUCUUUCUUUGGC